CAGCGUUUGACUGCACCGCGCCUCUGUAGACACACAUACACACUCCGUACCUGCAUCGCAAUCGCCUCCCCGAUCGAUCACAUUGCCAGGCACCAGUCCAUUAUUUCCAUCGCUCUCCCACCGUACCUGCGUCUCACUAGACCCGAGACACGCGCGAACACGUUCAAAGCACGCGUGCGAAACAUACGUCGAGCGACUCUCCUGCCUUCCCACACCCGUCCGCGACACUGCGCAAACGAGCAGUCCGCACCAGAUCUUGUCGCAGGUGUCCCCCGUAGCCGUCUUCACUCUUCUUUCUAUGACCCUCUUGCGCGCUUCACCACUGGAAGCGCACACACUACACCGUGAAUGAUACUCCCGGCAGACAUGACUUCCCGACAGCACUAUCUCGAUUCCCAUCCGAGCCUCAACGCCAGCAUGGACGACUUCGAUGCGCGCGAGUUCUCUCCUACGAUCCCCGACAUCCCUUCGCAACACUCUGGCUUCCGUAGCAAUCACCAGUCCGAAUACAGCGAAACCAGCUCGCGACGGAGCUACUCACCGCCAGCAUGGCGCAAAGCAGGCAGUGGGUGGUUCCAGCACCGUGAAGCCUUAUCGCCGAAUCGCAACGGAUAUAGAAGCAAAGAUGCGAGUCCGCAGUACCAGAGCGCAGACGAGGACACCGACGAUGGAGAUGUGACCGCAUACAAGACUGCCAGGCGCAUACCACUUCCUGAAUCGCCUGUCAAAGGUCGUAGUCCUGGAGUGACUCCAGAGCCUGCAGGAGUGCUUGCUGGUCCGGAUAGAGAAAAGUCGAGAGAUGCGGAGAGCACAGUACGGCAUGCAAGUGAGGAAACGCAGAGACCAGAGCAGGAAGCCGAAUACGCAGAGGCAGAAACGCCCACGCAGAAUAAUUAUAUACGCUUUUCUACUUCUCUCGACGUGGUACAGCGAACGGAACCCAUUGAAGCAUUGGUGGGCAAUAUCAGAAGGUCCAUACACCAUGUAACGAAAACCAAGUACAACACCGUAUUCUACGGGAUAUCAACCAUGUUGCUCUACUGGGUGAUGGCCACACUAUUGUCCACUCCCACCCAUGGUCCUUCGGUCGAUCUGAUCAAGGUCGCCAGUCUGGCCAAGUCGUUCGAACCCAGCAUAUACUAUUCUGAAAAUGGCCAUGCGCAGAUCGAGCAACUACAAGAGACGAGUGUAGCGGUCUGGGAUCUGGGAGAAAGUGUCCGAAGCACGAACAUGACGUCUGCGCCACAGAUUGUCAGUCAGCUCGACUCCUUAUCCGACAGUUUCAAAGCUUUGGCAAGGGAGAUGACGAGCUUCUUCACUUCUGUCGAUUCUGACAUUGAUGGCAUUCUUUUUGUCAUGGAGUGGGCGCAACGCGAACUUAGCAUGAUCUCGAGCGAACCACCCAGCACACUCGCUGCCGUGUGGUCCAAUGCGCGGGAUCUCCUUUCGCGCGUGGGCUUGAGUACUGACGGCACGGUCAUGCAGGAGCUGCUGGGACUCACAUAUCAACAACGAGCAAAAGCAACCUUGGAGCGCACAUUCUACGAGUUCUUGGGUGUUCUCGAGGAGAGCAUCAACAAUGAGCUGACGCACUCGGUGGCACUGUUCCAGCUCUUCGAGGCAGUCGACAAGCAGUUUCUGAAUCUGCAGCGUACUGUCGUACGAGAGCAAGACCAACAAGAGCGCAUGGAAAAUGACUUUCUGGGAAGUCUCUGGACCAAGGUCAUUGGCGUCAACGCAUCCAAGCUGCGCAAAUACGAAAAGAACAAGAAUUUGCUGCACUCGGUGCGAGAACGCACGGUGCGAAACAAGCACGUCCUUGUUGAUCAUAACCAACGCCUGGAACAGCUCAAGUCCAACCUCGAGAUUUUGCGGCGCCGACUCGUCAGCCCGCUAGUGCGAUCGAGCAACUCGAGUACGAUUACGAUUGAUGACCAGAUUAAAGGACUGGAGAUGACGUACCAGCAACUCAAAGGCAGCCGCGAAGUGCAGAAGCGCAAAAUGAUGGAGAUUGUGUAUGGCGCAGGCACGCGGAAAGUGAUUCUGCCCAAUGGUGCUGGUGCUGGUGGUGCCGCGCGCGAAAUCGAAGGCGGUGGCAGCUAUCGGUGACGUGGGGGAGUCAUGUAGGUACCUGGCUGUAGGUAGGUAGGUACGAUGGGGGCGAUUAUCGACGAGGAAACGAAUGAUCUGGAUGUGGAACGAAGGAGUCGGUAGGGCGUUGUAGGGGUGUUCUUGGUGUCCACAGUUGGAGAGGUUUUGGCUCUGAGGAUCUCUUGGAGUAGAUAUCUGAUUUCGUUUUUUUAACACAUGGUGUUGUUGGGAUGAAUGGGUAGGUGGUGAUGGGCUGCUUGGGCUUGGGGGUGGGCGGGAAUGAUGAGCCCUUGGAUCAGUGGGCAGUAACAUACACAGUUACCUUACCUUACCUUACCUAGGUAUUAACCUUCCAUACAUGUCCUUC